AUGUCAACUCCUCGCACUCGAAGCACUCGACGCAUCAUGCCUGUCCGGGGUUCGGAGCCUAGUCUCAUCAAACGGUCUGAAUCCGUCAUGAGCUACGAGACAACCUCCUCUGAUCAGCCCGAAGCCAGGCUCCAAGACCUGCCGAUCACACCCUCCGACACAAACAUCAACAUGGGUCCUCCCACCAUCCAUGAGAAUUUCCACGAUGAAGGCCCAACCCGCAAACGCAUUCGGUCAUCUCCGUUGAACAGCCCGUUGGGCAGCGCGGACUUUGACUACCGUUCCAUGAAGUCUCUAUCCCAAGACAAAUCUGGCACUGGGCCCAGGUUCAUCGAGUUGACAACCCCUCCUGUACAGAACCAAGCCCAGAAGCCCGGCAAUCUCCAAGGAGAUUUCGAGAUUGUGAAGGUCCGAGCCGAGCUUUCCCAGCUGAGACUCGAUCUCGACGUCGAGAAACAGCAGAAUGAAAUCCUGCGCUCGCAGUUCGAGGUCGAGAGAUGUCUGAAUGAGUUUCUGCGGGGACAGACCAUCGCAGAGCAAUGCGUUAACAAGACGCUGACUGCCAAAGUCACGGCUCUGGAGGAAAGAAUGAAUCUCCAAGAACCUACUUUUGUUACCUUGCAGGAUCUGAAGCAGGUUCUCUUGACCUGGCUGCGGGAUUACCUGGUUAACAACAGGACCGGGGAGCAGUCGCGAUCCCAGCAGUGA